GUAUUGGAUGCAGUAAUAUCUGAACCCAUUUUAUGGGUCGGAUUUGCAAAAAUCAUAAAAAAGAUUAGGCAAUGAACCUCAAACUUGCUUUCUUGAGUUAACGUUGAACCAGUCUUUUCCUCUGUUUGGCAGUAUUUGGUUUGACAAUAUGAAGACCAUUUUUUUCUUGCUGUCUGAUACGAAAACAAUAAAUCCAGCGGCAAACCAGAUUGAGGUUGGCGCUACAAACUUCUAUGUGCUAAUGGAUGUCGAGUCGUAGCUAUAGAGGACGAUAAUGUCUGCAAUGUCUGAGGAAUGGGGUAUGGUUCAAGUAGCCGCAACAAGAGCAGCUUCUGGCGAGAUGUGCUUCCCGGGGCAAUUACCUGGCGAAAAAGUUGAAAAUAUUGAUCGAAAUAUUGGAUACUUAUCACCAAUAGGAAAAGGAAAAAUUACGGGUCGUGUUAUACUAACUAGGUAUCGAUUGAGGUUCGAAGGCAGUGAUGAGAUUUGUCAGUUCGAUGUUCCACUUGGUUGUAUCUCGAAAGUAGAAAAAGUUGGGCAUUCAAAUGUUAGCCGAGGUGAAGAUGCCUACGGAAUACUCAUUUCUUGCAAGGAUAUGCGGCAUAUACGUUUUACAUGCCAACCCUCUACGCAUAGUAGAAGACCGUUAUUUGAUGCUCUACUUAGAUUUGCUUUCCCAUUGACGAAUAGAGAGCCUCUCUAUGCUUUUCUCUAUGCAAAAGCAGUGCGCGAAUCAUCGCCGCCUAAUACCGGAUCCAGGUCAUUGAUAGACGGUUGGACUAUCUAUGAUGCAAAACUGGAACUGAAUCGACUUGGUGUCCCUAAUGAACAAUGGGAAAUCACACAGCUAAACCAUAAUUACGAAUUUGCGGAUACCUAUCCGCGCGUGCUUGCGAUACCCGCUGCUGUAGAGCAUAAAGGUCGCGAUUUCCUAGAACGAGUUGGUGAACACAGAAGUCGCCAACGCAUUCCUGUACUGAGCUGGCUCCAUCCAGAAACUCAGGCAUCCAUAACACGAUGUUCGCAACCGAUGUCAGGAAUUGCGAAUAAAAGAUGUCCCGAUGACGAAUGGUUUUUGAAACAAAUAGUCUCUGCUAACGCACAUACUCACCAGCUGCUAAUAUUUGAUGCGCGUCCAGUUGUUAAUGCAAAGGUGAAUAAAGCCAAAGGCGGUGGGUACGAAGAAUCCUAUGAUCAAUGUCAUCUUCUCUUUCUCAACAUUCACAAUAUCCACGUGGUUCGCGAAUCUCUGAGAAAACUGAAAGAAUGCUUAUUUCCUCGUGUUGACGAGAAAAACUACCUCAAAGCUGUGGAUGAAUCGAAGUGGCUCAAUCAUAUUCAGUCGAUAAUCGAAGGAGCUGUACAAAUUGUGUCGGAAGUAGAGCAAAAUCGAAAUUCGGUGCUUGUGCAUUGCUCGGAUGGAUGGGAUCGUACUGCUCAGCUCACUGCAUUAGCGAUGAUACAGCUUGACCCGUAUUACCGCACUAUAAAGGGUUUUGCUGUACUUAUCGAGAAAGAAUGGUGCAGUUUUGGUCAUAAAUUUGCGCAUAGAAUUGGACACGGAGAAGACAAAGCAUCCGAUGGAGAAAGAUCACCAGUCUUUGUACAAUUCAUCGAUUGCGUUUGGCAGCUUUUGCAACAGUACGAAUGCCAUUUUGAAUUCAACUCUUUUCUUCUGAUCACAAUUUUGGAUGAACUGUAUGCAUGUAGAUAUGGCACAUUCCUGUACAAUAGCGAGAAGCAAAGAAUGGAAAUGAAAUGCAUGAAAGAAACCAUCUCCUUAUGGACUUAUGUUCUAGAAAACAAGAAAUUAUUUAUGAAUCCGUUAUAUAAUGCAGGUGAACAACGUACCGUUCUCACCAUGAGUUCAUCUAUGCGCGUUCUGCGAGUAUGGACAGAAUACUAUGCAAGGUACAAUCAUGAUGUGAUAGCACCGGGAACAUCGGCUGCUAAACGCUAUGCUAUUGAGCGUGCCUGUGGAAAAAGGGCUUUAUUGGAAGAACUUGUCAAUAUGUCCCAAGUGUAGGCGCUUAAAGAAUUCACAUCAAUCUCGUAAUCCUAUUAUUUUUGUCCCUAUGAAAUUCACUUGACCCGGUUACCAGCAAGUGUGGUAGACAUGGUCACAUCAUGUU